GCCUACAUGUGAUAUUGAUUGCAUUCAUUUGAGAUGGCGAAUUAUUAUACUUGCCGUUAAAGUUUUAAAUUAACAUUUUAAAUUCAGCUGAUUAUUUGGUUUUAUUUUUCCUUGAAAAAAAACCCGACAAGCAAAAUAUAUAAAAAGGGUCUCGUCCUCUAUAGUUUUAGAUUAUAGUCGGUGGAAAUGCUAUUAAGGAGAUAACCGUUUUAAUGAUUCAAAAGAAGUUUCAUAAUAUCCGUCUUUUCAGCAGACCCCUUUAAUAGGAAAAAGGACGGAGCGGCCAUGAAAUUUCCCAGCAGCAGUUUGAGCUGGUGGUGGGCCAUCACCUGACUUUUUUGGGUCUCUCAACACAACCUGCUGCAGAGAUAAAAUUUGAUCAGACGUUUUCGCCGAGAGAACGUGCGCGUUAAAAAAGGCGUUGUUCAUUCUUGUUUGGAUUGAUUGUCACGUGAUUUAGAUUCUAACCAAUCGUCGUCCACCUGUUUUCACAGUGUACACACAACGUUGCCCCGGGCAACCUCUGGCUCGACCGUUUUUAACUACAGAUACACUUGCCUAUUUGUUUAUCAGCCACUCUGCACCGAGCGAGGCUGCUUCGUUUUCGACGUUUCUCGGCCGUGUUGUGUCGUUUUUCUCAUCGGUUUUCAGUCGAUUUUUCGUCGACAUGUGUGAAGUUGAGGGCCACUUGUUCUUAUGGUGAACCUCAUCACCAGUCUCGGCUCUCCCCCGGGCACUGGGUGAAGGUCUCACCGCCGUGAAAGUGUCCCUGCUCUUUUCAUCACACACACACAGCAGCCAUGUACAAACUAUUCAACAGAGCUGUGGAAACACCCAAGACCACCACUCUUCCUCCUCCCCCGCCCAAGACUGCCGUAGUCAAUGCAGUGGAGGAAGAGCCACCUGCUCAGCUGAUCCUGCUACCUUGCCCGAUAUGUUUCAGAACUUUCAAAGUCGAAUCUCUGGAGCGGCACAAAAAUGUCUGCCAGAAGGUGGCCACCAAGAAGCGCAAGGUGUUUGAUUCCGCCAAGCAGAGGCUGGAAGAUCUGCCAGAUGUGCCCAAAGUCAGUCUGUCGUCACCCCAGCAGCAGCCAAAGGUCCCGUCAUCACCUCUUCUGGUCAGAAGGUCUCUCCUCGAUUCAAACAAAAAAGUCCCUCCAUGGAAGGAGAAACACCUCAGUUUGAUUAAAACGGUCCGCCAAGCUAGAGGAGCCGACUCCAAUCGCUGCCCUUGCUGCGAGAGGAAUUUCGGCGAUAAGGCAUUCGAUAGGCAUGUGGAGUGGUGCAGGGAGCAGCAGUCACGGAUCCCCAAGUCUCCGACAAACACAGAAGCCAAAGAGCGAUGGGAAGCGCGUACCAAAUACCAAGCCCCGCUACUGCGUCGUUCCAUUCGUUCCAAGUACUCACCGACCAGGAGUUUGUUUAGCACGUCGGGCAGCCCAGCCCCGUCGGUCGAUGGCCGGCUCACCGUGCCCGACUGCGCUCAGAGUUUGAGCGGCAGCCGGGCGUCGUUGGACUCGCGAGCUUCAUCAACUUAUUCAUACCAGCCAACCAGCACGUUCAGUCGCAGCUACAACAGCAAUUACAACAACAACAACAAUAACAACAACAGCAGCAGUAGCAGUCAGAAGAAAAACUUGUACAAUAGCAGCACGUUGGGUCGGACGGGCGGAAGCGCUUUUUUGCGCCAGUCCAACGACCGUCGCUCACUUCGAGUGACUCCGCCGUCUCCGCCGCCCAUUCGACGCGUCGUCGAACCGCCACCGCCGCCACCCGUCCGGCGUGUCACCGAACCGCCGGUGGCCGUCACUUUGACGCCCCUCAACAACAACCGGACGUCAGCGCUGAGGGCUAGUCUCCGAAUGAAGAAUCCUUUCACGUCCAUGGCCAGUUCUUUCCAGUCCAACCAUCCGCCCAACAAACCAAUUCAGCGACAACCGACCCUCGUUGCUCCGGCCUCACUGCCGGCCUCUUCGUCAUCAGCUGCAGCCAGUACCAAUAAACGUCCGACCGUUUUGCAGUUGUUUACGUCAGCGUUCAGCCGCCCCAGUCCAGUAGCCCCGGCCAAGAAUCGUGGCAACACGACGUCGACGCUAUCCAUCGGUCAAUUGGGUCAAGGAAGAAGGGUGGAGCCGGAAGGAGUCGAGUCUAAACUCAUGACAGGCAGCUGCUACAAUUAUCCAGCGCCCAGUAAAAUCAAACCCAGCAGAUCAACUCCUAAUCUUGGGAAACGUUUGGUGAUUGGAACUUGUCUUCUCCCUAACAAAAUCCGUCCUCUAACUUAUACAAAACAAACAGGCAGAAGCAGGUUCGGGAGUGACAAUUACAACCCGUAUUUGUCUGCCGAGCGCCAGAUGGCCGAACUGUUUGACGACCGCCCGAAACGAGACUCUUUAAUGAAAGAUCAUCCGAGCGAUAGUGCCGUCACGACUCCGACCACCCCUACUGCCAAUAAUAGCACAGCCCAGGCAGACGAGACGGCCAGUAUGGAGCAGCUGGAACUCGAUUUGAAGAGUAUCCUAUCGGAAAUCAGUCAGCUGGGCCAGACGAGCAACAAUGAACGAGAGACCAGCUGGCAAAAUAAGAAAUCGGCUGCUGCUGCCGCUGCUACUGGUCCGUCCACUAUGACGCCGCCCGUCCGUCUAUCAACGACACCCAGAGUGGCCACUGCUGUGACGACAGUGGAACAACCCAAGGAAGAGGAACCGCCGAAACCGGUCCCGAAAUUCUGUCAUUCAUGCGGCGCUUCUUAUCCGGAACGCCACACCGUCAAAUUUUGCUGCCAAUGCGGCGCCCGUCGCCUUUACGUUUGAAAAGCGAAAGGAAAAAAGGCGAUGAAAUCGUGAAGAAAAAUAUGUAUAACAACUCUGGAAAAAAACGUGUUGCUUAACCCCAGAUUAUUUGUACUAAAUCUGAUUCAGGUUGGUGAAGGGGCAACCAAAGGAAACCCAUUUAUUUUUAUCUUAGAUUUUUCUGUUGUCAAUGUAUUAUUUGUAUUGAUUUUUAUUAGCCUUUCGGUGCCAUUAUUUCCGUCCAACAACAAUAGCAGCAAAAUGCUUUUUAUUUUUUUUUUCAAAUGAUAACCGACCAAAUCCAACGAGUUAGUAAAAAAUUUCGUUCGUCGGCGUCUAAUAACCAAAAGUGAAUUAAUUAAAAAAACGAAUUGAUGACAAUUUUGUGUGCACAACUACCAAAUGACCAAUCUAAAACAAAUUAAUGCCGCCGUUAGAUGGCAGACUUACGGCCUUGAUAAAAACUCGUGCGUGUCAAUUAAAUUCGUGUGUGCGUGACUCUGUGUGUGUGCGUAUUAUAACGGACCAAUUAUUUUUGAUCGUCUUUUUCAUCCGUCCUUAUAUAAUUUUCCCUUUCUGUCUUUAAUCAUUUAUGCAAGAAAUCAACUUUUUUCUGUUGGAAA